ACUGACACAGACUUUAAAAGUUAACAAGCAGCAGCUUCCAAAUAUUCAAAAUUUCAAAAUGAAUCAAAUCAACGUUUUCAUCCUUGCAAUUCUAACGAUCUUCUCAUCAACAAAUGCUCAAUUUAACUUUUCUACACAUCCAGCUUUCAACAGAGGCUCCCUUACUGCAAAUAUCUUUGGGAACAGAGAAGCUUUGUCACACUCGAUUCAAGGAAACGUUAAUGUUUUAAACAGAAAUGGAAAUACUAUAAAUGCUGGUGCAUUUUCAGAAGGAACUAAUUAUUUUCGAGGUUCAGGACAAGACAGUAACAGAUUUGGAGGGAAUUUAGGUUGGCAGAAUCAAAGAGGACACAGUACAUCACUUCAAUAUCAAAGAAUUCCUCAAUACAAUAUGAAUACUUUUGGUGGAAAUGCUAAUGUAAAUUUACACAAUAGAGAAGGACUGAAGAUUGAUGGGUUUGGAGGUGCUUCUCGUGAUUUUGGACCAUAUUCAAAUGGAAGAACCAACUGGAAUGUAGGAGUGAGGGGUGUUUGGCGUUUUAAAUAAAAAGAUUUAAAUUUAUCAUUUCAAAUUUUAAAUAAAAAGAUUCAAAUUUAAAAUUUCAAAAAAAAUUAAGAAUGAUAUUUUUAGAUCAUGCAGACUUUAGCUCCCAUUAAGAACGGUGAAAUACUCUUAAUAUGGAACGAUUUAAAAAUUUCACCGAGAUAAGAUUCGUUUAAAUAAUAAGCGAAAUAGACAUAAUUUUAUUUUGA